ACUCCUCCAGCCUUUACGGUAGUCAUCCCAUUCUCCCGUUUUGCUUGUGACCCGAGCGAGUGGAAAACCGGAGCCGUAUACUGUCUGGCUGCCUGGGAAUUCCGUUAAAGCACAUCAGCGGCCACUGCCAUGGCUGAACGCCGCGCCUUCGCACAGAAAAUCAGCAGGACAGUGGCAGCAGAAGUUAGGAAGCAAAUAGCUGGCCAGUAUGGAGGCUCCCCACAGCUCUUCAAAAAUCUCAAUGUUGGGACCACAACAAGUAACACAGUUCCCCUUACAGAGGCGGUGGAGCCUGUGGAUUUUGAGGAGUACCUCAUCACUCACCCGCCCAUCGUGGAGUCCGGACCCCUGAGAGAUCUGAUCGAGUUUCCACACGAUGACAUUGAGGUCAUCUUCACUCCCAGGGACUGUCGCACCGUGGUACCAGCUGUCCCAGAGGAAGGAGACACUGAUCCUCAUGUCAGAGAUUGUGUCAGAUCCUACACAGAAGACUGGGCUGUUGUCAACAGAAAAUAUCAUAAGCUCGGUACAGGCUUUAACCCCAAUACUCUAGACAAGCAGAAGGAGCGUCAGAGAGGUCUGCCCAAACAGGUCUUUGAGGCGGAUGAGAUGCCAGACAGCAGCAGCUAUCAGGACGACCAGGAUGAUCUGAAGCGGAGGUCGAUGUCUAUAGAUGAUACUCCGCGGGGCAGCUGGGCCUGCAGCAUUUUUGACCUGAAGAAUUCCCUUCCCGAUCCUCUUCUGCCCCACCUUCUUGACCGUGCUCCCAACGAGGACAUCGAUCGGCACAACGAAGACCAGCGCAAGGCCAACCGCCACCGAGAACUCUUCGCCCUGCACCCUGCUCUUGAUGAGGAGGAGCCCAUCGAGCGCCACUGUGUGCCUGAUGUACCAAAAGAACACUUUGGCCAAAGGCUACUCGUCAAGUGCUUGUCCUUGAAGUUCGAGAUCGAAAUCGAACCUAUAUUUGCUAGUUUGGCCUUAUAUGAUGUCAAGGAAAAGAAAAAGAUAUCGGAAAACUUUUUCUUUGACUUGAACUCCGAGCAGACGAAAGCAAUGCUGCGUCCACACAUUCAAACGGCAGCCAUCUCUACGCUGGCACGCUCUGCCGUCUUCUCCAUCACCUACCCCUCCCAGGAUGUCUUCUUAGUCAUUAAGCUGGAAAAGGUACUGCAGCAAGGUGAUAUAGGAGAAUGUGCAGAGCCCUAUAUGGUCUUUAAGGAGUCAGAUGCUGCUAAGAACAAGGAAAAGUUGGAAAAGCUUCGCAGCCAAUCAGAACAGUUCUGCCAGCGACUGGGCCGCUACAGAAUGCCUUUUGCGUGGACGGCAAUCCAUCUAAUGAACAUUGUGAACAGUGCUGGCAGCCUUGAGAGAGACACAGAGCUGGAGAUGAGCCUCUCAGAGAGAAAAGGCUCAUGGUCAGAACGCAGAAACUCAAGCAUCAUGGGAAGGCGCUCACUGGAGAGGACCACUAGUGGGGAUGAAUCGUGCAGUCUCACAGGCUUCAGGCCUGCAACACUCACGAUCACCAACUUUUUUAAACAGGAGGGGGAUAGGCUCAGUGAUGAGGAUUUAUACAAGUUCCUAGCUGAUAUGAGGAGACCCUCUUCAGUGCUGAGGAGACUCAGACCCAUCACAGCCCAGUUAAAGUUGGACAUUUCACCUGCUCCAGAGAACCCCCAUUACUGUUUGACCCCUGACCUCCAGCAGGUUAAACCUUACCCAGACAGCAGGGUUCGCCCCACCAGGGAGAUCUUGGAAUUCCCUUCCAGGGACGUCUAUGUGCCAAACACCACAUACAGGAAUCUGCUGUAUGUGAACCCCCAGAGCCUUAACUUUGCCAACCGCCAAGGUUCUGCUCGCAACAUCACAGUGAAAGUGCAAUUUAUGAAUGGAGAGGAUCCAAACAAUGCCAUGCCGGUUAUAUUUGGGAAGUCGAGCUGUGCUGAUUUCUUUAAAGAGGCCUACACUGCAGUGGUGUACCACAACAGAUCCCCUGACUUUCACGAUGAGAUCAAGAUCAAACUACCGGCCUCUUUGUCAGACCACCACCACAUUCUGUUCACCUUUUAUCACGUCAGCUGUCAGCAGAAGCAGAACACACCACUGGAGACCCCAGUGGGAUACACGUGGAUACCCAUGCUGCAGAAUGGACGUCUGAGGACGGGACACUUCUGCUUACCUGUUUCACUGGAGAAACCCCCACAGUCAUACUCUGUUCUCUCUCCAGAUGUUCCUCUCCCAGGGAUGAAGUGGGUGGACAACCAUCGAGGUGUUUUCAAUGUGGAGGUGGUGGCUGUUUCAACCAUCCACACACAGGAUCAGUACCUGGAUAAAUUCUUUGCCUUGGUCCACGCACUGGACGAGCACAUGUUCCCAGUCAGAAUUGGAGACAUGCGCAUCAUGGAGAAUAGCCUGGAGGCUGAGCUCAAGUCCAGCAUUGCAGCUCUCAAUUCCUCCCAGCUGGAACCGGUGGUUCGGUUCCUUCACCUUCUACUGGACAAGUUGGUGCUGCUUGUGGUUCGCCCGCCUGUCAUCGCUGGACAGAUUGUGAAUUUAGGUCAAGCAUCCUUUGAAGUCAUGGCGUCUGUUGUGAACCGGCUUCAUAAGUGCCUGGACACCAGCCAGGACAUGCACGGCCGCAACAGCCUGCUGUCUUCCUACAUCCAUUACGUCUUUCGCCUCCCCAGCACAGACCCAAGCUCAGCCUCGCCAGAUCCCAACUCAUCCCUGACAGGACCCGGAGGUUUAGGAGGUUCAGUGCACUAUGCUACCAUGGCCCGCUCAGCUGUCAGACCAGCAAGCCUCAACCUCAACCGCUCCCGUAGCCUUAGCAACAGUAACCCAGAUAUAUCUGGUACGCCAACGUCUCCUGACGAUGAAGUUCGCUCCAUCAUUGGCAGCAAGGGCUUAGACCGCUCCAACUCGUGGGUGCACACCAUGGGCUGUAGUACUCCCUGGGGAUCCAGCCCCGGGUCCGCUCCAGAAACCAUGCAGGCCAUGGAGCGCUGUGGCAAUCGCAUGUCUUCGCACACUGAGAGCGCCAGUUUCUUGCAAACUUUAACAGGACGGUUGCCCACAAAAAAGCUCUUCCAUGAGGAGUUGGCCCUCCAGUGGGUGGUGAGCAGUGGGAGCGUUCGGGAGGGGGCGCUGCAGCAGGCCUGGUUCUUCUUUGAGCUCAUGGUGAAGAGCAUCAUCCACCACCUUUACUACGCCGACCGCUUAGACUCCCCCAGGAAGAACCGCUUUCCUGAACGCUUCAUGGAUGACAUCACAGCGCUGGUCAGCACCAUCGCCGGAGACAUUGUGUCUCGCUUCCAGAAGGACCUAGAGCUGGUGGAGAGGCUGAACACAAGCCUGGCUUUCUUUCUCAAUGACUUGCUGUCCGUCAUGGAUAGAGGCUUCGUUUUCACACUAAUCAGAGCCUACUGGAAGCAGGUGUCGACAAAACUUUACGCUUUGCAGAACCCAACCCUGGAGUCCUUGAGACUUGAUUUCUUAAGGAUUGUUUGCAGUCAUGAACACUAUGUAACCCUCAACCUGCCCUGCAGUCUGCUCACCCCACCUGCCUCCCCUUCUCCCUCUGUGUCCUCAGCAACCUCACAGAGCUCUGGAUUCUCCACACAUGUCCAGGACCAGAAGAUAGCCAACAUGUUUGAGCUGUCAGCCCCAUUCAGAGAGCAACAUUUUCUGGCGGGUCUAGUUCUGUCUGAACUGUCAUUAAUAUUGGACCCAGAAAACGAGGGCAUGUUCGGUCUGCAUAAGAAGGUGGUGAGUGUUGUUCACAACCUCCUGUCGAGCCAUGACUCCGACCCGCGAUACGCUGAUGUGGAGGUCAAGGCCCGGGUCGCCAUGCUUUACCUACCUCUGAUUGGAAUUGUCAUGGAGGCACUUCCACAGCUACAUGAUUUCACAGAGUCUCACAGCCAGUGGGGUCGGCCGGGAUGCCCCCAGGGGACGUCAGUUGGGAGCAGUGGAGAGGAGGCAGAGGGAGAAGGCAACAGUAUGAUCAAUCAGACUGUCGCCAUGGCGAUAGCAGGCACCUCCACUGCAUCUCCAGUGUCCCGACCAAACAGCUUCUUGCUCAACUCGCAGGCGAGUCGUCAGCACGGGAGCUUCUCGGCCGAGUCCAGCCGCAGCCUGCUCAUCUGUCUGCUUUGGGUUCUGAAGAACGCCGAUGAGCUGGUGCUGCAGAAGUGGUUCACAGACCUGUCGGUGUCCCAGCUCAACCGCCUGCUGGAUCUCCUCUACCUCUGCGUGUCCUGCUUUGAGUACAAGGCCCAUGUUGUGUUCACCAUGCAGGGGAAGAAGGCCUUCGAACGCAUGAACAGCCUAACCUUUAAGAAGUCCAAAGACAUGAAGGCCAAGCUGGAGGAGGCCAUAUUAGGGAGCAUCGGAGCCCGACAGGAAAUGGUGCGGCGCAGUCGAGGACAGCUAGAGCGGAGUCCAUCUGGCAGUGCUUUUGGGAGUCAGGAAAACCUGAGAUGGAGGAAGGACAUGACCCACUGGAGGCAAAACAGUGAACGGAUGGACAAGAGUCACAAAUCAGUCAGGACAAGAGCAGAGCUGGAACAUGAAGCUUUAAUUGAUGGUAACCUAGCAACCGAGGCCAACCUAAUCAUUCUAGAUACUUUGGAGAUCGUUGUACAGACUGUUUCAGUGACAGAAUCCAAGGAAAGUAUCCUGGGUGGGGUGUUGAAGGUGCUGCUCCACAGCAUGGCCUGCAACCAGAGCGCCCUCUACCUUCAGCAUUGUUUUGCCACGCAGCGAGCACUCGUGUCAAAGUUCCCUGAACUGCUGUUUGAAGAAGAAACGGAGCAGUGUGCAGAUCUGUGCUUGCGACUUCUGAGGAGCUGCAGCAGUAGCAUAAGUACCAUCAGAUCCCACGCCAGUGCCUCCCUCUACCUCCUCAUGAGGCAAAACUUUGAGAUUGGAAACAACUUUGCCAGAGUAAAGAUGCAGGUGACCAUGUCUCUGUCCUCGCUGGUGGGAACGUCUCAGAAUUUCAACGAGGAAUUCCUGCGGCGCUCUCUAAAGACCAUCCUCACUUAUGCAGAGGAGGAUCUGGAACUUAGGGAGACCACUUUCCCAGACCAGGUCCAGGACCUGGUAUUUAAUCUACACAUGAUCCUGUCGGAUACGGUGAAGAUGAAGGAACAUCAGGAGGAUCCUGAGAUGCUGGUGGAUCUCAUGUACAGGAUCGCCAAGGGCUACCAGACAUCUCCAGACCUUCGGCUGACUUGGCUCCAGAAUAUGGCUGGGAAACACUCGGAGAGGAACAACCACGCCGAGGCUGCUCAGUGUCUGGUGCACAGUGCUGCUCUGGUGGCAGAAUACCUGAGCAUGCUGGAGGACCGCAAAUAUCUUCCUGUAGGGUGUGUCACUUUCCAGAAUAUCUCUUCCAACGUGCUGGAGGAAUCGGCGGUUUCUGACGAUGUGGUGUCACCAGAUGAGGAGGGUAUUUGCUCCGGCAAAUACUUCACUGAAAUCGGUUUAGUUGGGCUUCUGGAGCAGGCAGCCGCCUCCUUCUCUAUGGCUGGGAUGUACGAGGCCGUAAAUGAGGUGUACAAGGUGCUGAUCCCCGUCCACGAAGCCAACCGAGAUGCAAAAAAGCUGGCUACCAUUCAUGGUAAACUGCAGGAAGCCUUUAGCAAAAUUGUCCAUCAGAGUACUGGCUGGGAGAGGAUGUUUGGUACGUACUUCAGGGUGGGAUUUUACGGCUCCAAAUUUAGCGACCUGGACGAGCAGGAGUUUGUGUACAAAGAGCCCGCCAUCACAAAGCUGGCAGAAAUCUCCCACCGGCUGGAGGGUUUCUACGGUGAGCGUUUUGGCGAGGAUCAGGUAGAAGUCAUAAAGGACUCCAACCCCGUCGACAAAUGCAAGCUGGACCCCAAUAAGGCUUUCAUUCAGAUCACGUACGUGGAGCCCUACUUUGACACCUACGAGAUGAAGGACCGGAUCACCUACUUUGACAAGAACUACAACCUGCGGCGCUUCGUCUACUGCACUCCUUUCACUCUGGACGGGCGGGCGCACGGCGACCUGCACGAACAGUUCAAACGAAAGACCAUUCUCACCACGUCUCACGCUUUCCCCUACAUCAAGACGCGGAUCAACAUCAUCCACAAAGAGGAGAUUAUAUCCACACCCAUUGAGGUGGCCAUAGAGGACAUGCAGAAGAAGACACAGGAGUUGGCCUUUGCCACCCACCAGGACCCUGCCGACGCCAAAAUGUUGCAGAUGGUCCUGCAGGGGUCAGUGGGAACGACUGUCAACCAGGGUCCUUUAGAGGUCGCACAGGUGUUCCUGUCUGAAAUCCCCAGUGAUCCAAAGCUGUACAGACAUCACAACAAGUUGAGGCUCUGCUUUAAAGACUUCACAAAGAGGUGUGAAGAUGCCCUUCGGAAAAACAAGAGCCUGAUCGGUCCCGAUCAGAAGGAAUACCAGAGGGAGCUGGAGAGGAACUACCACCGACUGAAGGAGGCGCUGCAGCCCCUCAUCAACAGGAAGAUCCCCCAGCUGUAUAAACCUGUCCUGCAGGUGAACUCGCACAGCAAACGGACAGCUUGAGAAGAGAUUCCUUCAGCAGAAUGAGUCUUCGCAAGCUCGAGAUUUGAGGAUGAAGACAAAGCACUCACACACCUUCACCCACACAAAGGCAGUUAAAAAAUGCAAUAUUAAUUUAUUGAAGUGUAAAUACGAACGUUUUUUUUCUAAAAGAAAGGCUGACGGAGUUGCAGCUUGGUACUUUCAUUCCAGCGUCUUCAUUUGUUUACGAACUGUUACAUAAUCAGCAACGUCAAACAAGUGGAUUUUAAGGAUUUUAACGCGACACCUUGACGUUUGAAGUUUUGCCUUUCGUCAACGCCGAGAAGUAGAAACACGCUUUCAGAUCAAACCAAGUGCCAAAAAUCCAUUUUUUUCCGCCAAAAAUUUUACAAGUGUUUGCAGAAAAGGUACAGUUUUAAAAAGUCAAGGUGUUUUGUUUUUUUUUAAAUUAUGAACUAUGUGUCAAAAGAUGUAUUUCAUGUGUGCACUUUUAUAUUUUGGGUGUAGCAAAUGCAUUUUGCAAAUGGAAAGUUUAUGUAUUUCAAAGUGAUGGGAGAAAAAACAACAAAAAAACACUUGUAUAAGUAUUUAUCAUGACGCUUUAUCAUUUUUAGUUUAAGAAACAAUGUUUUAAAAUUAGGUACUUUAAACAUUCUUGUAUAAUUUUAUGUAGUUUUGUUUUAUUUUAAAUAUUUUACUAAAUAAAUAUUUUAAUGUCCA